AUGUUCAGUGGAAAAGAGUUAGGAGUAUUUUGGAGUUCAAAAGAGUGGGAUUCCCAACCCCGGAUAUAUGCUUCGGAUGAGUCUCUGACAAAAUUCGGAAAAAAGGAUGUUAAAAAGGGAAAGCCUGGGAAAUCAAGAACCCCAAAUGACCAUGAGAAGCUAAUUAAUGGUCAAAAGGUCACAUUCCCUUGCUCUGUCUGCAAACAAGAGAUCAAACUAGCUGGGACUUUUCUCCAUAAGAAACAUCACAAUGCUCUUAGUACACUGGGUUUCCAGUGGAUGGGAGGGAAGAAACCGAAGCCCUCAAUGGUCAGCAUUCAGAGACAGUUUGUGAUUUCUAACCUAGUGGCAUCCUUUAUGUUCAGUGAAAAUGUCCUUCAGAGUAUGAACUAUGCAUUUGAACUGCUUUGGAAGAAACAAGUCCCAUCAAACUUCAGACUUUGUGAUAAGGUUGGCCAGACUUCUACACAUUCUCCAAAAAUCUGCCACCUGCUCAUUAAAGGUGUAGCCAUCUGUGGCAACAGUAAUUCAACCUGGAAAGCUGACCCAAAUGGCAAAUUCACGGUCACAAAUGCUUUUGGUGAUAAAGCCAAUGUGUGCUUUUUUGGUUUGUUUGAUGGCCACCAUGGCGAUGCAGCAGCAGACCUGGCAUCAAAAGAGUUCCAGGUUUUACUUCUCCAUCAACUGGCUAAACAGGAUCCUUCCUACCAUAUGACAGCUGAGCAGCAAAAACUGAUAAAUUCCUUUCACACUGUGUUCAAGGAAGAAUACAGGGCCAGAGAAGACGCCUUCAAUUCCACAAUCAAAACCUUCAGAACCAAUAGACGGGAGUAUGAGGAAAUACACAAAGCCUUUGCAAAGGCGUUUUGGAGGAUGGAUAGGCUCCUACGGCUUGGAAGGAAUGAGGUUUCCCGGGUUCGGUGGAGUGGCUGCUCUGCGCUCACUUGUGUAUUAGAGGGUGUGAUUAAGAACCCAAACAUCAGUAAGGACUGGGCAAAAACGGAUCCCUCCCAGAGGAACCAACAGGUCAUCUCUGGGGUACUACACAUUGCAAAUGCUGGUAAUGUGCAAGCAAUCUUAUGCCGAAAUGGAAAAGGGUUUUGCCUGACCAAAGAACAUACCACACGAAACACCAAGGAGAGAAGAAGAGUACUUCGGACAGGAGCAGUAAUCAGUUCAAAUGGCCUCCUGGAAGGGCACAUAAAAACCACCAGGGGUCUUGGAUUCCAUGGAAGCCUCACACUGAAGAAGUCCAUUAUUCCAGCACCUCAAACAAUUUCUGUCCCUAUAGAUGAUUUAUGUCAGUUUCUCAUCUUAGCCACUAAUGGGCUCUGGGAAGUUCUGGACAAGAAGGAAGUCACUGCACUGGUAAUUACCUUGUUUCAUGCAUAUAAAGAAAUGUGUUCUGGUCCUGAAAACAAAUCCCGGCCAUCUAAAGAGCCUUUCUCCCUAUCAGACAGUAACAUCCGUGUGCUGUUCCAGUACAAACCUGAAUAUGAGGAAGAUGUAUCAACUACUAAUCUAACAAAAAGGUCAUCUGAUUCAGUAUUUUCUCAAGCUUGCAUUAAUCAGGCUAAAAAUGCAGAAACAUUUCCUCCAGAAAUGACUAAUUAUGACACUCACAGCAAGAAAGAAACUAACAGCCCACGCACUAUAGACAGUAAGACGGGAAGCGAGAAAGAACUAUAUGCUAAGAAUUUCUAUGAAGGUGCAGCUGAGUACAUUGGCCAUGAACUAGUAAGGGCUGCUUUAGAAGGUGGUUCCAGAGAGAGCAUCACUGUUAUGGUAGUGUUUCUCAAUGGGAGUGAGUAUCAGCUGCUGACAUAAAAACAUUCCAAAGACCCAGAGCAGCAAACAGCACCACAAAGACUUCAGUACACCAGAUUCUAGGACAGAUCAUGA